AUUCCUGCAAAACACAAACCACAUUAUGUAAACCAAACUGCACUCGAGUUAAGUUUCUUCUAAUUAACUUCAUGAAGAACACAGCAGGUUCUAACAACGCCUAGAGGCACCUGACUGAACUGUAACUGGGAAGAAGGAGACAAAACCCUUCAUCGAUGGGACCACCAGACCAACUGGCGACGACGUUGCGACAGAGACGGAGAACGACAUGAAUGUAGAAAAUAAUCAUACGGCAGAAACAGAGAGUGAGCAAGCGACGAACGGCAGCGAGACGAUCACCAUCCAGACCACCCUGGGAGAUGAAGAUGAAGAUGUGCACAAGUGCGGACGCUGUCAGUCCGAGUUCUCCACGCUGGAGGCUUUCAUCCAGCACAAGCUGCAGCACCACUGCAGGCGUGUGGAGGAGGCCAAUCCAGAGGUUACUGCAGCCAAUGAAAGUUCUUCUUCUGAGGUGAAAACGGCUGAAGGUGCAUCUUCGGAUGAACCAUUGAAGACUACUCGUGACACGUUGGGUCGAGGUCGCAGGAAGAAAGUCGUUUCACUCAAAGCCACUGACCACUCAGACGGGACUGAAGGAUCCGUAUCUGACAACGCAGACAGUGACAACAAGCCUGUUUACAAAGUCACCCAGGAGGGACGCUACAUUUGCCAACUUUGUGACAAGACAUUUAAAACAACCAACAUCUUGAGAACUCACAUGAAAACUCACAGUGACCUAAAGAACUUCUCAUGUGACCUAUGUGGGACCUCCUUUCGCACAAAAGGCUCCCUGAUUCGUCACAACCGUCGUCACACUGAUGAGCGGCCAUAUCGCUGUACCCUAUGUGGCCAGUCCUUCAGAGAGUCGGGGGCCCUCACCAGACACCUUAAGGCCCUCACACCAUGCACAGAGAAGAUCCGCUUUGUUCAGUACAAGGAGAUCUUGGUCAGCAAAGAUGGAGUACAAAAAGGAGUCCUAGAUGAUCGUGUUGCAAUGGCUGCACAGCAACAUGAGGUUGUGGUUGUGGAACAACAGCUGCAGCAGCAGGAGCAUGAGCAGGAGCAGCAGGAGCAGGAGCAGGAGCAGGAGCAAGAGCAGCAGGAGCAGGAGCAGGAGCAGCAGGAGCAAGAGCAGCAGGAGCAGGAGCAGGAGCAUGAGCAGCAUGAGCAUGAGCAGCAGGAGCAGGAGCAGGAGCAGGAGCAAGAGCAGGAGCAGCAUGAGCAUGAGCAGCAGGAGAUGGAGAUGGAGAUGGUUGAAGCUCAGACCGCUGUCGUCAGUGUGGUAGAGGCUGGUUCCCAAGAGGUUCUCCAUCAGGUUCACUUCACAAUGGAGGUGAAUGGAACAACACAGGAGCAACAGGUUGUCGUAGAGCAGUCUCAGGCAGAGGCCCUGGCUGCUGCUGCAGCAGCGGGCGACAACCUCAUCUGCCAGGCCAUCAUCAACUCUGGCAUUGCACUGGGGACGGAGGAAGCCGUGGUUGAAGAGAUCUCGCAGGCAACUGAGGAAAUAGAUAAAGAGGUUUCUGACUGUCCUGAUGUUGAUGAGAGUAUCGCUGAGAUCCAGGUGAAAGAAGAGUUUGUGGAGAUGGAGAUGGAGGAAGCAAGUGAUGGAGCUGAUCAAACAUCCUUUAAAUUGUACACAUGUCCACACUGUAAUCGCUCCUUCAAGGGAUUGAAUUACUUCCGCUUUCAUGUCAAGGGCCACUUGGGUUACAAGCCCUUUAAGUGUACACUAUGCCAUAAGGAGUUUCUGACUGGUUACCUGCUGAAGAAACACAUGGAAGUCCAUGUCAGUGAGAGGCGGUACAAGUGUGGCGAGUGUGGCAAGCUGUACAAAACCAUCGGGCAUGUACGAGAGCACAUGAGGGCGCACUCGGAUGAAAGACCCUACCGCUGUGCCAGAUGCAACAAGGGAUAUAAGACCAAGAAUGCCUUGCAGGUGCAUCAGCGGACCCACGGUGAUGAUAAACCUUAUGUGUGCAAGUUCUGCUUGAGAGGCUUCAGGGAGAAAGGUUCUCUGGUGCGACAUAUCCGCCAUCACACGGGAGAGAAGCCAUUCAAGUGCCCAAAGUGUGGGCGAGGCUUUGCUGAGCACGGGACUCUCAAUCGUCAUAUGCGUGCGAAAGGAGGCUGCCAGAAGGAUGACUCCAGUGAGCAGCCGGAUCUGUUAACAGAGGAGAAGGAGUCGGUGGACAGCCUCGCUACAGCGGCCAUCAUCUCAGAGGAUCCGCAUGCUGUCCUGGUGGAGUUCUCCUCCGUGGUGGCAGACACACAGGAGUACAUCAUCAAGACUCAAACGGAGGAGGAGGUGCAGGAAGAAGAAGUUACACUCAUUCAAGACAGCCAAAACGAGAUGGGAAACCACAUCAUGAAAGUGGUGCAGCAAAUUGUCAGCCAGUCACACGGCGCCGGCGGCUCGGGCAGCCACCAGAUCAUUGUGCGCAACAUGGCGAUGGACGAGGAGAGCGCGUCCAUCUCCGACUGCGGCGACACGAUCACCAUCGCCACGCCCGAGAGCCUGACUGAGCAGGUGGCCAUGACGUUGGCCUCCGCCAUCAGCGACGGCACGCUGCUGGCCACGGCGGGCACCGUGGAGACGGCAGACAGAACGGUUACCAUGGUUACCACAGAGGAAGCGGUGGAGGGGGGAAUACAGAUGGUGCAGCAGGAGGAAUAUGUCAUCACCUCCCCAGAGGAGGUGGAGAUUCAGACUGUCAUCGUAUGACGGAAGAGGAUACUAACUAUGGACCGAUGAAUUCUCCGGACUGAACGUGUGUAUCUGAGUACUGUAGAGUUCAUAUGACAAAGGCCAAAGUGUUGAUGAGGUUUAUCGUUCCACAUGGACGUCUACAUGUCUAUGUGGAACAUAAAGAAUGAGUGUGCAUGAGGACUAGUUCCAUCAUUCAUCUUUCGUUCCAUUUCAAAAUGUAUGGGUGCAUACAGCUUAAAGAUAGGGUUGAUAAACUAGCAAGAGUAUGUUUUGAAGAACUAAAACCCAGCCCAGUGUUUCCAGCUCUUUCCCGAUGUCGCAGCACUCGCUCCAGAAGUCCCUGAAUCUGGGGGGAGAGUCCCCGUCUUUAGGCGCCCCUCCACAGCCACGCCCCUAACAUGAUCACAUGACAUGAACAACCAGCACGGCUGUUGUUCGUACCUGCAGUCGUUAAGCCGGCAGUUUGAGGAAGACUCUUAUGCAAAGAGUGCACGCAGGCAGGCAGGUGAGCAGGUAAACGGGUAAACAGGUAAACCGGUAAGCCAUCCAAUCAUUUCAUUCAGGCCGAAUGAGUUAAAUGAUUGCAGUCAUGCCAGAUUUUCUCUUUGUAAGAGCAUUUGAUUUAUUGAUUGAUGAACCAAUAUAAUAACAAAAGAGAUCACUUCAUUUGAAACAAACCAGUACGGUUUUAUUUCCUUCAGGUGGUACAAACUGAACUGUGUCUGUUGCCGUAGUUUCGGCUCUUCUCACUGUUUCACGACCUAAAACGACAUCAUUCCAUCACAGUUUUCACCUCUUAAAGUUUUAAAGACUGACCGAUCCAGAACUGUGCCUUCCUGCCUGCCUGUUUAAGGGCAUUAAAGAGUAUAACCCUCCCAUGGUGCAGUGUUUAAUCAUAAUGCAUAUUCCAGCAUGACGGAUGCACCAGACAUGAGACGUGGUCAGUUUACUGAAGCAGAGUUUACAUCAAAUAAAUGCUAUUUUUGUGAUACAGUU